CCGCGCGCGGAACGAAUGAAUGGUGACCCGACUCCGACCCCGACCUCGCCGCUCAUUGCGCAUGCGCCCCGCGCGAUUCUUCUUAUAAACGCAGCCAAUCCGGCUGUAGCUGGUCUCGCGGGGGCUGCUGGGAGUUGUAGUUCUGUCCCGAUGUGGGUUGUGCGGAGGGGCCAGCUCUGCAGGGCGCUGUGGGCCUCUCAGGCUCCAGCCGCCUCUUCUCGGCCCCGUAGCGCAGAGCCCGGCUCUCUCCCCGGCCCACGCUGCUGGAGUUGUGGUAUCCCUCUCCCCGAUCGUGGGGGGCUGCCUCGCUUCUGUCCGGCCUGCCAGGCCUUGCAGCCCCCGGAGUCCCAGCCUGACCUCUUCCGCCUUAUGGGCUGCAAUCACUCAUUCAACAUCAAUGUGCAGCAGCUACAGCAGCGAUUCCGGAGCUUGCAGCGCUCCCUGCACCCUGAUUACUUCAGCCAGAGACCCCAGAAAGAGCGGGACUUUUCUGAACAACACUCUUCCUUGGUUAACAGAGCCUACCAAACCCUUCUAAGUCCCUUGAGACGUGGAUUGUACCUACUGGAGCUGAAUGGAGUGGAACUGGCGAAAGGGACAGACAGUGACAUAGAUGUGGAGUUCCUCAAAGAAAUCAUGGAAAUCAAUGAGACACUGGCAGAACCUAAUAAUGAGGCUAAAAUAGAAGAGAUUGAGAGUUUCAUUGCAGUUAAACGAGAAGAAUUGACCAAGGAUGUGAGCAAAGCUUUUGAAAGAGGCUGGCAGGGUGACAAAAUGGUACUCUUUGGGACCCCACAAUCAACAGCCCUUUGGGAGGAGGAGUAAUUGCGAACUUGCCACAGCAAAAUGCCAAUGAGAUCUCUCCAAGAAAAAAGAACAAAGCCACUGAAGAGCAGCCUUCUCCACUCCUGCUAGGGUCUGCUGGUGAGUCAACAUCUUAUGAUUAAUGGUGUCAUAGGCAGCUGACAGAUCGAAUACCACCAGCAUGAACACCUGAUAUUCAUCCAUCUCCUGGAGAAGAUAAUCAACCACGACAGUCUUUGCCAAGGCC